AUGCGCGAAACAUCGUUGCACGGUCCUGGCUAGCACAUCCGCGGCCGAGCACACGUUGUAAUCGACUGUGAUCUUCGGGUCUAACGAGGUGUGCAGUCCGACUUGGUGUUCUUCUUGUGUUUUGAUGUUUUCCGACGUAAAUUUGCACGCUUUACAUCUGUACACAGGAUGCUGAUGUGCAUGCCUUGUUAGUGCUGUUUUUGUUGCUUUCACGAGUGCAUCGCAUCGUCCACACUUCAAUUCCGUAAGAUGCUUUUCCUCUAUAGUUUUUAUUAUGAGGUCAAACUCUCGCACCGUUUCCUUUUUGAAUCGAGGACUUGCUCGAGGGAAACAUUCUUGAAUGACGGCGCACAGCUUCAAAAUAUCUCUCCGGUCCUCAAACAACUCUACAUUAUUCGGAUGGUUCACCCGCAUGUGCUCAUAUAUUCUGUAUUUAUCACAUUCACUCAAUCCACACAGUUUACACCAAAAUCCGCCUGCUUCAGCGUGAUGAUUGACGUGGGCAUGAAUUGCGUUAUCAUUGCUCAGCACCUGGCAGUCGCAUAA